AUGCCCCGCUUGAAGCUAACAUCGAUCAAAUUGGAAACGUUGGAGCAGCUAGACACGCUGAAGGACGCCCUGAAAGAUGAAUACUCAGAGUUGGACAUAUAUGUGGAAAACGUCUGGAUCCGCUUCAAUCCCGCCUACUCGGACGCGGGCAAGCAGAUCGAGGAUGAACACGACUUCAAGAAACACGAACAGAGGGAAAUCGUACAUCGAUUGGUUAAUGAGGCAGAAAUACGCACUGUGGCAAUUGACAUCACCCUUUUGUCCAACAACUGGCUCCUUGAUGCCCACAUUGAGCCUAAACACGUCUUGUUCCUCCAGAGUACCAACCCGCUGAAAGUGCCUCAUCUUCAUGGAGCCAACUUCCGGUUCUUGUGGUGUACGACCCACCUACUCGUCGACAUGCCAUGGAACCAGGUCGUGGAGUGCCUCCCGCCUGCUGACCCCACAAAGCCAUGCUCCGUCUCUGAUGAAGUCGUAUCCCAUGCAGUAAUCACCUUCUUCGAGAGCAUCCCCCGAUUGACGCACCUAUGUAUUCGCAUUGUCGUGGGGAACAUGGUUCGAGGGGCGUGCCCGAUCAUCAAGUGGCUCCACGAAAUCCUGUACGCUGCUCGCCACUUGCGCCGACUGGUAAUCCAGUGCGUCGACGAUGCAACAGGUUCUUCUUGCUCCCAAGAUGCGUGGCGUUGGCUGAAUCAACAACUCGUUUGCAACAAGUUGUACCGUGUCAACCUCCUCCCCUUCUCCCUGGAGACGUCGGAUUUGUGGGAUGGUCUCCUCAUGACGGGUGGUUUCGAGUUUUGGGAGAAGACUAAGGAGUAUAAGGCUCAAUGGCCUCUCAAGUAA